UUAACAUCUGCUGCCCAGCUCCGCAUCUUCUCUGGAAUAAGACGCUGCUCUGUAUAGUUUUCUUGCGCGGUUGUAGCGCAUUUUGUCAUAUUGGUUUUCACCUCCUUUUUUAUUAUUAUUUCGCCGGAGUUUUUACUGUAUUUAGAAUUGUAAUGGUCUCUUUUCUAAAGUUUGCGUGGUAUAACAUGAGCGAAGAGUAAAUGACUACUUUUAGGACUACUUCUACCGUACUUUUCCUACUUGCGUUAACUUGGAGUUAAUACAUUUUCAAAUAGGCUAUCCCCCAAACGGACAUCGCAUUUGUAAUCAGCUUUCAACGUGUAACUUUUUCCUCCUCAAAAGUUUCUCCUCGUAGGAUUUUAAGAGGAUCGUGAAUGGAUAUGGCUUGGAUCAGAUGGAACCUUUUGUUUUCCAUAGGUUUGUUCGUCUCACCGGCGUUUGUAUCCAUGGAUCAGAGCGGCUUUAGGAGAUACUACGUGUUGCAACCGGGACCGAGCGGUUCGGACAGGGUGCAUGUGAGCUCCAUUUCAUCCCGCUCAGGAGCCGCAGGACAACCGCAAACCUAUAACGUCGAACUAACGGCCAGCUUCGCCGGCGGCCAGGUUCGAACCCGCAGGAUGGGCAAUCAGGCGACCCAAAGUAUCCCGCUCCGCCAGGACUCACAGCAACAGUUUACGCAGCAACAGAUCGUCAGGCAUACAAGUCACCAAGUUAAAGUAUCAGGGGUGAAUGUCUGUGGAGGGCAGUGCUGCCACGGAUGGAGCCAGGCCCCGGGAUCGCAGCGCUGCACCAAGCCCCACUGUUUGCCCCAGUGCCAGAAUGGCGGUAUGUGUCUGAGGCCUCAGCUCUGCAUCUGUAAGCCAGGCUCCAAGGGCAAGGCCUGCGAACAGAAGGCCGUGCCCGGGCCCUCCAACCCCACUCUGCCUGGCACCGGGCACACCAACGGCCACACCAACGGGCACACCGUGGGCCAGGGUGGUAACGGGCACGGUAAUGGCCACACCAACGGGCAGACGGUCAUUCAGAGUGGCAACGGGCACCCCAACGGCGGCCGCACCACGAUCCACACGGUCGUUCCCCAGCGGCCCAUCCCCCAGCAGGCGUACCCGCCACAGCCCCACGGUCCGGCCGUGGUGCCCGGGGGUGCCAACGUGGCACAGAUGACCGUGACCAUGAAGCGGCCGCAGCCCUACCAAACGCAUGUGCGCUCGCCCGUCUCGGUGACCAUGCAGCGCGGCCAGAGCCACAGCCAGCAGUUCAUCAUGAAGCCCAAGUACUACCACACCACCCACACCCAGGUGCACCGUGUGGGGCCGCCGCCGGACCGCGCCAUCCCUCUGUCCGUGGGCCACGGCCACGGCACCGUCCACGUGCCCUCCGCGGGCAAUCAGACGGGCCGGAUCAAGGUGGUCUUCACCCCCACCAUCUGCAAGGUGACCUGCAUGGGCGGCCGGUGCCAGAACAGCUGCGAGAAGGGCAACACGACCACCAUCAUCAGCGAGAACGGCUACGCCACCGACACGCUCACGGUAUCCAACUUCAGAGUGGUGGUCUGCCACCUACCCUGCAUCAAUGGUGGGAAAUGCAGUGCCCGGGACAAAUGUCAGUGCCCACCCAACUUCACCGGCAAGUUCUGCCAAAUGCCCGUCCAAAGCGGCAACCACCGGCAACAGCAGAGCCAGGCCAGCCAGAUCCACUCCACACACACCCUCCCCCUCACCUACAACAAUGGACAGAAGCCGGUGCAGUUCCCGCCCAACUUUGUCAACAUCCACGUGAAGCACCCUCCCGAGGCCUCGGUCCAGAUCCACCAGGUGUCCCAGCUGGACGCCAACGGCCAGAAGGUGAAGGGCAGCCAGUCGUCCAGCACCUCCACGCACCGCCACACCUACCAGCACUCGGAGAGCAGCAGCAGCAGCAGCCACAGCAGCAGCAGCAGCAGCCACAAGGUGCAGCAGCAGGGGCACGCCGGAGUGGUCUACCCCAACCAGCAGACCUACAUCCACUACCAGCAGCCCGUCACCUCCAAGAGCCAGCUGGGCCGCUGCUUCCAGGAGACCACCGGGGCACAGUGUGGAAAAGCCUUCCCUGGUCUGGUGAAGCAGGACGACUGCUGUGGAACGGUGGGCACGUCCUGGGGAUUCCACAAAUGCCAGAAGUGCCCCAAGAAGCCGUCCCUUCCUCAGACAGAUACAAGAUACCAGAGCGAGUGCCCUCAGGGAUACAAGAAAGUCAACAACUCCUGCCAAGAUGUGGACGAGUGCCAGCAGGUGCAGGGGCUGUGCCCCAACGGAGACUGCAUGAACACGCAGGGCAGCUACCGCUGCAUCUGCCGCGCGGGCUUCAAGCCGGACGCCACGCUGUCGGGCUGCAUCCCCGACACUCCUGCCGUUCCGGAGGAGAAGGGCGCUUGUUUCCGAAUGGUCGGCUCGGGGAAGCAGUGCUUGCACCCGGUGUCUACGCAGCUGAGCAAGCAGCUGUGCUGUUGCAGUGUGGGUAAAGCCUGGGGCCCUCGCUGUGACAAGUGCCCCCCACCCGGAACAGCUCUCUUCAAAGAGAUCUGCCCUGGCGGGAUGGGUUACCAUGUCACCGGCCAGAUCAAGCCUAAGCCAUUCAACCGGCCCCAACAACCCCAACCGCAGCCGCAACCGCAGCCAUACCCCCAGCCCCAGCCCAGGCCCCGGCCGCCCUAUCAGGAGCCGGUCCUGCCUCCAGUGCCCCUCCCCACUUCACACAAACCCGUGGAGGCUCUGAGUGUGACCGAGAGGCAACUUCCUUCUGUACCAGUAGUCACAGUGGCCCCGGAGCAGGAGCUCGUUUUCACCGACGCUGGUAGUAGUUCGGUAGUUGAUCCAGGACAGCCACAGCUUUCCCCAGGGAUUUCUACCAUUCGGAUAGAGCCACCCAUCCAAGAGGUUGUGGAGAAGACGUCCCCUCCGGAAUUUUUUGAAAUUCGGCCUAGCAGCGCCAGUCAAGGCAUCGCUCCCACCCAGUCUUCAGAGGUGAACGAGUGUCAGGUGAGCCCUGACAUAUGUGGCCAUGGCAUCUGUUACAACACCCCUAAGGGCUACACCUGCCACUGCUACGAGGGCUACCAGCUGAAUGAAGAGCAGACCACCUGUGUAGACGUUGACGAAUGUGGCGAGAGGCCGCUGCUCUGUGCCAACGGCCACUGCAGGAACACGGCCGGCAGCUUCCAGUGCGCGUGCCAACACGGCUUCCAGACGGGUGACGAGGGAACCAGCUGCGUCGACGUGGACGAGUGUUUGAGGCCGGACGCGUGCCGGGACGACGACCUGUGUGUCAACACGCCGGGCUCGUUCCUGUGCCGCCGCUGCGACAGAGGCUUCAGGAUGAACCCCAACGGCCAGUGUGAAGACAUUGAUGAGUGUCUGGACAGGUCCAACUGUCCAUCAGGUCUGUGUUAUAACAAGCCUGGCUCGUUCGACUGUGAUCCCUGUCCACCUGGCUUCGAGGGCAAGGAUGGCCAAUGUGUGGAUAUCGAUGAGUGCCUGGACACCUCGGCCUGUGAACAUGGCCGCUGCUCCAACUUUGAGGGCUACUUUGUCUGCUCCUGUGACGACGGCUACGGGCUGAGCCCCGAUGGCAAGUCCUGCACAGAUUUGGACGAAUGUCAGGAUGACCACGUGUGCACUCGGGGUCAUUGCCAGAACACAGAGGGCUCGUUUAUGUGUGUCUGUGAGGCUGGCUUCAGGUUGUCGGGUGCAGGGGACCAGUGUGAUGAUGUGGACGAGUGCCGUGAGCUGCCGGAGGUGUGUGGUGGCGUGGGCGUGUGUGUCAACAACCUGGGCUCAUACCUGUGCAGCUGCUCCGAGGGGUACCAGCAGGUCAGCGGCACCAGCUGCCAAGAUGUGAACGAGUGUGUGGAUGACCCUGAGCUGUGUGGAGCCAACGGGGAGUGUCUGAACGUGGAAGGCUCCUUCCAGUGUGUGUGUGACAUGGGCUUCACUUUAAAUCAAGGAACAAAUACCUGUGAAGAUGUGGAUGAGUGCGUGCAGAGCAUCAGGUGUGAAGGUGGCACCUGCGUGAACACCCGAGGCUCAUACACAUGCGAGUGUGAUUUGGGCUUCCGACUGCAGGCUGACAACCACACGUGCCAGGAUAUCGACGAGUGUGCGGAGCUGAGCCCGGGCAUCUGCGGCGCGUGGCGCUGUGAGAACACGCUGGGCUCCUUCACCUGCGUGGUCAGCUGCCCGCCCGGCCACACCCGAGACCCCCAGGGGGUGUGUGUGGAUAUCGAUGAGUGCAGUCAGAACGAGACCCUGUGCGGAAGCCCAGACUUCUGUGAGAACCUGCCCGGCUCGUACCGCUGCCACUGCGACAGAGGCUUCGAGGAGACCCCAGAUGGCCGAGGCUGUGUCGAUCUAAAUGAGUGUGAGCUGCUGGCCACUGUGUGUGGUGAGGCGCGCUGUGAGAACGUGGAGGGCUCCUUCAUGUGCACGUGUCCCGACGAGAACCAGGAGUACGACCAGAUGACCGCCACGUGUGUCACGCCCACAGGCUCGGUGGAGAGGAAGGAGUGCUACUACAACCUGAACGACGAGAACCUGUGCGACAACGUGCUGACCACGAGCGUGACCAUCCAGGAGUGCUGCUGCACGCUGGGCGCUGGCUGGGGAGACAACUGUGAGGUCCACCCCUGCCCCAUCCCCGGCACAGAUCAGUUUGCCAAGAUGUGCCCGGCGGGCAAGGGCAAAGUUCCCAGUGGAGAUGAUGUGUUCGGAGUGGCCUCAGUCGAUUCCUUCAAAGAUGCGGAUGAGUGUGCCCUCUUCGGCUCAGAGAUCUGCAAAGGAGGCUUCUGCCUCAACCAGGAGAGGACGUACGAGUGCUACUGCAAGGCCGGACUCUUCUACGACGACGUCAAGCUCGAGUGCAUCGACACGGAUGAGUGCCUGGAUGAGUCUAAUUGUGUGGGUGGGGAGUGUAUGAACACUCAAGGCUCCUACAAUUGUUUCUGCCCUCCCCCAAUGAUGUUGAUGGAGAAACGCUGUGUGUAUACCCCACCUGUGGCAGAGACCAGAGAGCACCAGAUUUUCCAGGACGUGUGUUGGCAGACGGUGACGGCGAUGAUUUGCAACGAUGUGCUGCCCAACAAGAGGACCACGUACGCCGAGUGCUGCUGCCUGUACGGGGAGGCCUGGGGCAUGGACUGUGCUCUCUGCCCAGAGAAGGACUCAGAGGACUACGCCACCAUGUGUAACGUGCCCUUCAGCGGGAGCAGGAGCAGGCCGUACGGUCGGGAUGCGUUGGUCGCCGGCCCCGUGCAAGAGUACGAGGUGGGCGUCGACUACCAGCCCAGCCCGGACUACUUACCCCGUCCGCAGAUUCCUGAGCAGACGCAAGGCUCUCACACCCUCCCCCUCUACGAGGAUGAAGACCCUCCCUACGACGCCUUCGAGGGCCUGCGAGCCGAGGAGUGCGGCAUCCUGAACGGCUGUGAGAACGGGCGCUGUGUACGUGUGCAGGAGGGCUACACCUGCGACUGCUUCGAUGGCUACACCCUCGACAUGUCCCGCAUGGCCUGUGUGGAUGUGAACGAAUGCUCCGAGCUCAACAGCCGGAUGUCCCUGUGCAAGAACGCCAAGUGCAUCAACACGCAGGGCUCCUACAAAUGCCAGUGUCUGCCGGGCUUCGUCCACUCGGAGAGGCCCAACUACUGCGUGCCCAAGGGGCAGGCGCCAGCGGCAGCCAACGACUCAAGGGAGUGACCCUUAGAGCCCAGCAGAGGGCGCCACAAACACUAAAACACUUAUUUAAUCCAAGCCCAUAUAUUCUGCACUGUAUAAAACAAACCUAAAACAGAAAACGAGGAAAAGAACAAAAAAAAAAUGUAAGAAUUCAAUCAUACUUGAGAUGAAGACCUGAUUACAAAAAUGCUAUGUGGUUUCUGUGGAGAGAGGAGAGAGCAGAAUUGUAUAAAAUGUAUUUUUGUUUUGUUUUUGAUUUUGUUUUGUUUAUUUUUGGUUUUUAUUUUUAAUUUGUUUUUGUUUUGUCAUUUUUUUUAUUUUGUAAGGUUUUCUUGAAUAAGAAGGAGCUUUUUGAGCACGGGGGGGGGGGGGGCAGUGAGUCCCCUGGUGCGCCGACAAACCCUAUGAACUGUUGCUGGGGGAUGAUGUUUGUGUUUUAUUUACCCAGUCCCAAACACCUUGCGUGUGGUUACUUUAGAAAGCAAAGAGGCCAGCCAGUUGUUUUUCUCCUUCUACCCUUCUCAUACCUCUCCCAUCCAUCCAUCCAUCCACCUCUCUCUCUCUCUCUCUCUCUCUCUCUCUCUCUCUCUUCUAUUUUUCUCCUCUGUGGUGGCCUUAAUAGUCUGGCUGGCAGGUUGGAGAGGUGAAAAGUUGCUUACUCCAUGGUGUCACAAACGCAUACAGAAUGCACAUCACUGUAUUGUGUUAUUAAUGUAAAAUCCUUGAAAAUAAGCUCUCUUUUUUCUAGGCAGUUUUGUAUGAUGAUAAAUGCAAACAUGAAAACUACUUCUCUUUGUCUGGGACAUUGGACAAUCGCUUUUUUAUUUGUUACUUUUUUAUUUUCCCUCUUUCCCUCCUUCUCGCUCUCUGUCCUCUCUCUCUCACUCACUCUCUCUCUCACUCACUCUCUUUCUCUCUCUGCCUCACUCUCUCCCACUCUCUCUCUCUCAUUCACUCUCCCUCUCUCAUUCACUCUCUCUCUCUCUCUCUCUCUCUCUCUCUCUCUCUCUCUAGCUUGUCUGCCCUGUGGAGCAGUUGUGUUCUGUACACUUACGUUUUUAUUUCCUAGAAUUAUUGUUUUUAUCAUGUGGAGAAAAAGAAAACAAAUCAUGAAAUGAAGUGUUCCUUUAUAUUUUUUCAUACUUAAAGAGAAGAAAACUUUCUCAGCAUUUUCACUGCAAUGUCUAAACGUCUUGCCAGGUUGCAACGCUGCUAUGGGGUAGCCGUGGGAGUAAAUUUUGUACAUUUAAACAGAAGAGUUGAUAAAAAACCAAUUUAUGUAUUUUUAAUGUGUACAUGAAUGAAUAGCUCUUGUAUGGAAUGUCCGUAUUAUGUAUAUUAAACCUCUUCUAAUAAAUCACAAAUUGUGAUAUUUAUACUGGCUAGUCUGUUUGGUAGCUUU